UAUAUAUUGCCCAAACAUGGAUGAAGAAAAAAUGUGGAAAGGUUUCUAUAACAAACUACAAGAAAUGAAAAUGAACCCACCGACGGAGCAUGAACACAGAUUGCAAGAUGCGGAUGGAGGUUUUUUUGAAAAGUUCGGAUCUCUUCUACGACAAAAAACUGUUAUUGAAGAAUCUGACCUUCAAACGUCGUUGGCUCCACUCGAAGAAGAAUCUCCCGAUGACGAAGACAAUUUUCAAUGCGAAGAAAAUGUUGAUGCUUCACAGGAUAACGAAGAAUUCGUAUGUACAGCUGAUCAGACGAUAGACUUGGUGACAGAUGAGAACAUCAAUGAAAUUAAGGAGAGAAAGGAGGCAUUUUUCGAGAAAUCAGUUGGAAUGAAUAUCGAGGACUUGUAUGAGGAAAUACUUUUCGAAAUUACUAAUAAUAUUGGAUGUGAAGCAAAUGAUGUGUGCAAGGAGUCUCUUAUUGAAUUUGCUCAAGAGGCUUUCAAAAUACCCAACCAGAAACAUGAAGAAAUACUCGAAGUAGCGCAAAGAAAAGAACUCCCUAAUAUUCGUUUGAACGUGGAAAUAAUCAAGGCUGAAAAUCUAUUACCAAAGGAUUCCAAUGGAUAUUCCGACCCGUUCGUUACCAUUUAUUUAGAGUCAAAAAGUUCUCAUCGUUAUAAUUCAUCCGUAAAGACUGAAACAUUAAACCCAAUAUGGGAGGAGCACUUCUCCUUACCAAUUACCGAUAAUCCUAGAAACGAAGUUCUUAUAAUUGAAAUUUGGGAUUUUGAUGCGGCUGAAACCGUUAAGGAGAAAGUGAAUAAGCUAAUGGAUGUUAAAGGUAUAAAGGGAUUACGUAAAUUAAUGAAAGAAAUCGCUGUGACUGCAUCUACUGGAAAGCACGACAACGAAUUGAUUGGAAGGACUGCCAUUACACUGAAGUCUAUUCCCGCAUCCGGCACAACCGUUUGGUAUAAUUUGGAAAAGGGUAAUAAAACCAAAAGUAGAGGUUCAAUACUUGUUAGCUUAGCAUUAAGCGCUGAGAAGAAUAAACACGUUGCGGUGCAGGAACACAGACAUUUACUUAAAUUAUUACUCAUGCAUGAAUUGGAGUCAUCGCAAGUCGCUAACUACUGGUGGUGCGGAAAGUUCAGUACUAAUGCUGAGACAAUUAGAUUGCAACACGCUGUUCAGUCCGGUUUAUCCAAUUUCGAAUGUGCCUUAAGUCAGUGGUCGGUUUAUGCAACUAUUCACGAAGAGCACCCUCUAAGCUUUUCGCUAUUUAACUCAAUAUUAGACACAGUAGUGCCCGUACUGAAGUGUCAACUAAAUGAGUCUGAAGACGUAAAAACAUUCUGGGAUGGGGUAAAACGAAUUCUUCCAUCUUGCUUCGCUGUUCUAAGGAAAAUACGUGCCAAAAAUGUGAGCGACAAACAAAUACUCAAAACAUUGUGUGAAGUACUAGACAUUAUAUCAAAAAUAAAAAUGCUGGAUUUACCCAAAACUGUUGAAUUAUUUUCGCCCAAUGUAUACGGAUGGGUAUCCCGACCAAACGAUGACUGCACCAUCGACAGUGUUAUUAUCGAUGCAAUACAUUCGGGCACUAAGGAAUGGCUUGAGCAUAUAACAGAAGCCAAUCGGAAAAGUUCAGACCUCAUGUCUGACGAUGAAAACCUGCAAUAUUUAAUAAAAGUAAUACAAAUGAUUCGGUCCGACCUUCAAAGAGCAAUGGAGUAUUUCGACAAGCAUUUUUAUCAAAAAAUAAAAGUUAACUUUUCUACGAUACUAUAUAAAUACUACGAUGAAAAAAUAGCCGAAAUUGCCUAUACGAUUGUUCGAGAUGUUUGCAGUCACAUCAAGCGCAUAGAUGUUCCCGAUGACAAUUUCGAAGAACUUCCAGACAUUGAUAAUGUUAACAUGGGAACAACUUUAUUUGAGUUGUAUUUGGUAUUAAAGCGUUAUCUAGCAAUGGGUAAGGGUCUGUGUCCUAAUGAUGAACUGGCAAUUGAAAAGUUCCACCUAUGGUUCAUGCCUGGCGUAACUCAUUGGCUAGCGAUAUCUAUAAUCAAAGCUCUUAAUCGCAUUGAAAAGGCAAUUGAAUUGGACGAACUGAAGGCUGUAGAUGAAACUGUAAAGUAUAGCUCAUCCGCCGUUGACACAUUGGCAAUAUUUUAUCAGAUCAAAAUCUUUUGGCAACAACUGGAUUGGCCCGAUGCCGAAGGUUCCUACACGUUUGUGGCUAAAAUAGUGGAUGAUAUUUGCCGUUGUUGUGUCUUCUACGCCCAAAGGAUGUCGCGUCGCGUUAGUGCUCUAUCCAAUGACAAUGAUGAACUGUUUCGAGUGUCUACGGAAUGGUGUUUGGCCAUUAACAACAUAGACUAUAUUAGACAAAGUUUGCCGUCAUUUAUAAAGGAACUAGGUACUGACGAUGUAAUCAAACGAUUGGCUGAAUAUCGUACGAAUCUCGAAGCUGAACGCUGUGAAGUUACUCUCAAAAAUGUUAUUGAUAACGCGCUGGACACAGAGCGAAAUCAGAUUUUAGAAUUAAUCGAGAUAUUAGCUCUCAAAAUGGCACCGCCAAUUCGAAGAUUUCUCGCGGAAGGAGCGGAAGUUCUGCACGAGGACUCAAAUUCAAUGGAACGCCUUAUGUUGUAUUUGGAGUCAUCAUUAAGCACACUCUAUGAAACGUUGAAUGAAGUAAACUUUGCUCGGACUUUAGAUGCAAUCUGGUCGCAAUUGUCUCUUAUUAUGCACGAUUUAAUUAGAACGAAUCUCGAUAAACGUCGACCACCAGCUUUCUUUCAAAAUUUACGCAGCACAUUGAGGGUAAUGAUUUCAUGCUUUAAAACUGGAAAUACUGUGCUAUCUAAUAAUGAAGAAUUAGCCGAAAUUGAAAGAAUUUUAGAACUACAUGGAUUUGAGACAGCAGAUCUAAUUCAUCAGUAUUAUUUAGAAAGACUUGGACAUCAAAAGGAAAUGUCAAAGUCCAAAUAUGGUCAGUUAACAAUAAAAGGGAAGAUUACUGAAACAAGUUUAGUGUUGCAUAUCAUGAAUGCUAGAAACAUAGUUCCAAUGGACAGUAACGGAUCUUGUGAUUCCUUUGUUAAGGCUCAUUUCUUGCCUGUAAAUAGAUUUCUGGGAGUACAGCCCGUUAAGACGGCUGUGCACAAUAAAACCUGUUUCCCUCUCUAUGAUGAGACAUUCACGAUUGAACUUAAUGAGGAACAGCGAAAGCAAAACAGUCUCAUACAGUUCAGUAUCAAGGAUAAGGAUCUAUUUGGUAUGACAAAUCAAUACAUUGCUGAGUGUUACAUAUCAUUUGCUGAUAUAAUGGCGCACGAAGAUGAGCAAAUUCAUAUGGAAUUAUCGCGGCCGGAAUAUAUAAGUAAGUAA